GCACGGAGGAGCUGUGAAUGGCUUUAACCCAUUAGGUGGCACAGGAGCGGUGCACACGAAUCAAUUCACAUCCUACUUUGUUUUUUUCCUCAAUUAGAAAUGAGUCCCAGCUCUUGAGGGGUGAAUAUGUGAUCAGGUGAAUCAGGCUCUUUGUGACAAAUGGAAAAAGCUCUAAGACAAGAUUAUUAUUACUUUCACAGAAGCAGACGGGUGUAAAGGAAAAAUAUUGCCCUAGAAUAAGAAUAAGAAAACCUUCAAUAGCUCAUAGUCACUGAGGCUGGUUCCUCCUGUUCACUCCUGUUCAUCUAAUUUGUUUGUUUUCGGCUCAGUAGCUGUUAAACAGCAGGUUUUCUUGUCACUCAUAAUUCUGGUUUCUUCUUCUGAUUUAAUUAUUUGGGGCUUGUGUUUCCUUUAUCUGUCUUUUCGUCACAACCAGAGGUUUAUUUUUCAAAGACACCGCAAAUUGUGGCUUGACUAUUAAAACGAAUUGAUACAAUGUGGAUUAUUUCAUUCUUUUACGCGUAAAAAACGCGCACACAACUCAUCCGUGGCUCCGUUCGAUUCGAUUUCACGCCACUUCCUCGUGCGUGUGUCUGAUGGAGCCACUGGUCGGGAGGCGCGGGUCAAACUGGGCGCUCCUGUCCUCGCGCACUUGGCGGCUUCCCCCCCUGACCACUCCUCUGUGUUUUGGAGCUCGGCGCUCACACCUGAAGUGACGGAGGGGGGGAGUGAAGCUCGGGGCUGCGAUGAAGGCAGCGCUCACGACCGCAGAACACGCUUGCACAAGCAGUCAGGAGGACGGUGCUGCGAGAGAGAGGAGGGUGCGCGCGUGUGACCGACGUCCCCGUUCGCACCGUUCGCCCGGGGAAUCGCGUCUCUCCGUCGGGACCUGCGUGGAGAAGAACCUCUGGUGACGGGCGCUUUUUGUUUUUUUUUGUUUUUUUUUUUGCACCACCGUUCGUCUCGCCCGUCGCCCGCGGAUCGUCACAGCACCAUGCGAGCGGGAGAGACGCGCCCUGUGCCAUGCUGAACAACUGUCCGACCCUCCUGCUGGCUCUAACCGCCGUGGCCGGACUUCUCCAGCGAUGCCACAGCUGGAGCGACGAAGACCUCCUGCUGCCGCCGAUCAACUCCUCCAACAGGCUCCUGGCCAACCUGGAGAUGGACGUGCGCUUCUCCAAGCGCUCCGUGGAUGAGAGCGAAGGCGCGCCCGACGCCUCCCCCCUGCAGAGCCUGUCCCAGUGCAACGUGAGCGUGCAGAGGCUGCUGCCCACCUCGCUGGUGGCCCGCUGGGACAGCAGCUUCGGCUUCCAGUGCGACGUGCUCAUCUACACCACCAACAACCACGGCAGGGCUUUCUUCUCCGCGUCGUUCAACAGGGCGAUCUCGCCCGUCGUCGUCGAGCACCUCGGGGUCACCGGGGGUCAGCAGGAGCUGCGCCUGUGCGUGGGCUGCGGGAUGUCCCGGUACCGGCGGUUCGGCCAGGGCCGGUCGAGGGGCCAGCAGAGCGGGGAUCAGGUGCCUUUCUGCUGCGUGGAUUUCAGCCUCGACGAGCUGAAGGGGGACAAAAGUUGGAGGCUGAACAGGAAACCCAUCGAGUCGACUCUCGUGGCGUGUUUCAUGACUUUGGUUAUCAUCGUGUGGAGCGUUGCUGCUCUCAUAUGGCCGGUCCCAAUCAUUGCAGGGUUUCUGCCUAAUGGGAUGGAGCAAAGGAGACCGAGAUAACUGAAUUAGUCUUUAUUAUAAUUAGCCUGUGCUGCCUAUACUAUAAUUGUAGCCAUUCAACUGAACGAUUGGAGGACUUUAUGAUCCAGUGCUUUAGUUUUGGAUGCUCUUGAUUGACAGAGCACCUAAUAAAACUUUUCCUAUUAGGAGAACCAAGGUAAUGUAUGGAGACUUACACUAAUACUAUCUAUACUGGGACCAAUGCCAAUGUGUUUUCUAUACCCUUGUAGGCCUUCCUAUAGAGUAUGUCAGCGUAAACUGUCCAAACCUUUCUCUUUAAACUGUGUUUGUAGAGUUUUUAACCUUUCUAGGUAGUUUUUGCCUUAUCCCACCUGUAGGACUUUUGCACUGAAUACUAAACUUUAAUGUGUGCCGUCACAUAUAUAACUUAUAACCAUGUUCAAGUGAAGGUAAUAUUUUUUUCCAAUACAUUUAGAAAAUAGAUGUUUGACAGAGAGGGAUUUAGUAUUUGUAUUGUUAGAUUUCUAAAGUCAAGUUCAAUAUACAAUAUGUGCUUCUUUGUAUUCAUGUUCUAAAUGAGAAUAAACUGAAUAUAGAUUAUAUCUCA